UCCACUCACUCACGGAGCCACUCAAUAAGCAACUCAAGAUGAAAAGCAUCCUCAAAGAAAGAAAUCCCAAGGUGAAACUUCUGGCAAAUCUGGAAAGUCAGAGCCACUCCAUUGGAGCCGUGCGCUGGACUCUCCCCGAGGAGAGUGCCCAAGUCCACAGUUCUGCCCCAAGUAACCCUUUCAAGACUAACGUCCCUUCCACGCGCUCACAGCAGAGGCAGCGUCAGCAGGGCCUAAAAGAUCUCCGCAGCCUACAGGAGUGCAUCCGGUUUAUCAACCACUGGAAAGAACAGGUGGCCCAAGUUUGUAACAAGGCAAAUGAUGCAGGUGAGGGGACGAGCAGGUGGGUGGCAGAACAUGAGACAGACCCCCGUGUGGAACGUAGCCUGGAGGAGAGCCGCAAACUCAUUCUGCAGUGGGCUGAUGAACUUAAGAGUGUGAACAAGCUCUGCCAAGACAGUCCUUGGAUGAAGACAAGAUUUGAGCAGGAUCACACAGAGAAAUCAGAAGAAAUUGUGGAACAGAAUGAGAUAGUGGAGCAAAGAAUCAUGGAAUGGGCCAAGGAGCUGCAGAGUGUGUCUGAGAGCUGUGGCAUGUUGGGAGAUGAGUUGGCCCAGGCACUGCGUCUCCUGGGUAUAAAGAAGAAGAGACUGAUGAACCUGAUGCCUCUGCUAGAAUUCAUCACAUGGUGCCUCCUAAACGAAGAUAGCAAGGGUAUGGUCUCACAGAUGUGGCUCUCAGCCAAACAGCGUACUUGGAAAGCAGGCACUCCACGCUAUAUCCCCAAAUCAGUGUGGAGCUGGGUCUGUAGUGCAGCUGAGGACGUGACACUUGACCCCAUGACCAAUCACCCAUGGCUGCAGCUCUCUGAAGACCAGAAGAAAGUUCAGGAAGGCUUAAAGGAGGAGGACCUGCCCUAUAGUCCACAGCGCUUUGACGGCUGGCCCUGUGUAUUGGGCUGGGAGGGCUACGUGAGUGGCCGGCAUUACUGGGAGGUGGACCUAGCCAACAACGGUUACUGGCGUGUGGGGAUGACCAGUGCCUCUGCCCCAAGAAAGGGCCGUUUCCAAAUGUGCCCCUCCAAGGGUUACUGGACCCUGUGGCGUAGCACAAGGCAAUUUUACGCCUGCACCAAUCCCGAGACGUCGCUGCCAGUCACACUGGUGCCUCGCAAGCUAGGCAUCUAUCUGGACUACGAGGAGGGCCAGAUUUCCUUCUACAACGCCGAAAACAAGUCUCACGUAUUCACUUUCACGGGGCACUUCCGCGAGAAGCUCUACCCAGUCUUUGCUCCGCUGGAUGGCAGAACCCUUAUCACCGUCUCCUCACCCAAAACCACUGGCUGCUUAUAAAAAGAGGGCGGACCAACUGCACAGCACCACCCACAGGCCAUCCAAAAUGUCCAUUCAGUGGAUCCAUGGCACGCCUGAGUCGGUUUUAUUUCCUGUACUUUAUCCCACCCACUACCAUGAUGGGCAGGUCCCCUCCAGUUGUGCGUACAGUAAGAGAUACUCUCUCAUGUAGAAAAAGAUGGAUGUUUCCUUUUAUCACAACCUCAUGGAAAGAUCGACCAUAACAGAUGUAUGUUUAUCUGUUUAUCUGUGUAUUUUUAUAUAAGCUGAACCUUUGCACUUUUAAUGUAGCCUAUAUAUUCGAUAAACUAUAAGAUAAUGUAGGUGUUGUAUGACAGGUCAUUUCAAUA